UAAAGCUAUUUAGAAAAGUUAAAGAACAUUUUAUUCAGUAUCUUUAUUGAAUUGUAUUAUUUCUCAAUUUCAUACCAUAUAAAAGAAAAAAAUUUAGAUUCAUACAACUACCAUUGAACCGUAUUUGCUUUUACGUAGCUUGAAAUAAAAUGAUUAGAAACGCUCAUUGAACAAUUUUACUAACGUAUCCAGAAAAUGGCAAGCAAAACAAUAACAUGUUCUUACAUUCCGGCUGGACUAGCCGCAACAAUUGACAAGGAAAUUAUGUCAGACGUUUAUGGGUAUUCCGUAGAGCAGUUAAUGGAAUUGGCUGGUCAUAGUAUUGCAACGGCCGUAUGUUCUCUUUCAAUACCAACCAACCGCAUUCUGUUUCUGUGCGGUCCAGGGAACAAUGGAGGAGAUGGAUUGGUUGCGGCACGGCAUUUAAAGCAGCGACAAUGCGAUCAGUUUGAAUCAAAUGUUACGGUGUUGUACCCAAAAAAAAAUUCAAAUGAUUGUCUUGUUCAGAAUUUAUAUUCUCGCUUAUUGGAUCAAGCGGAACACGAAGGGUGCAAAAUUAUUACAGAUAUUAAAGAAACGUCAUCCUCAAUAGACAUAAUAACGGGUUUGAAUUCUAACUUUGACAUUGCUGUGGAUGCAUUUUUCGGUUUUGGAUUUAAAGGAAGUAUGAGAGAACCUUAUAACAGUAUAAUACAAAUAUUAAACGAAACUACGCUUCCUAUCGUUUGUGUAGAUGUACCGUCUGGCUGCAACGAUACUCCAGAUUUAUGUAGUACAUAUGUGACAAAACCUUCCAUGAUCGUUUCUCUGAUGGUACCUAAGCUAUGUACGAAAUUUAUAUUGGAAAGGCCUGAGAAUUCUACAUGCAUUCAUUAUCUUGGUCAGCCAAAUUUACCCAGACAUUAUAAAGACAAGUAUUCGCUUAACGUUCCUCGCCGUGUUCACUCUAAUGACACAUCCAUUAUUCGUCUCAAUCCAUGAAGAGUAUCAGUCUAAAUUUUUUUAAAAUAUAUUUUUUUUUCCUUCAAUGUGUUUUCCGCAUUCAUGAAACACUCAAUUUAUUUUCUUUUUAAAAUACUUGCGUGCUGCUUUUUAAAUUUUUACAUGUACUGUGACUUUAUUGAUGCAGCUGGACAAAUUAGAGGAAACUAAAACUAAGAGUAUGUUUUCCGCUGCUACAAAACAUAAUGGAAUACAACUUGAUAGAAUUGAAAUCAACCCGCCUGUUUCAUCUCAUCCUGUUGAUUUAAAAAAAGUUCUACAGACAUUACAUAGUAAAAGUAAUACUUUGAUCACUGAGAAGUGUUUAGAAGAAGCUAAUUUUCUUUCACCUAAAAAAUGUAAUACCGAAAUUAAAACAAAGAAAAAAAAGAAGUUAGAAGAAACCGCUUAAACGUUUCAUGAAGUAUAAUUUUUAAUUUCCCAUAAUCAUUGACUUUUGAAAGCAUUUUAAAUAAAUAUAAAAAUUUAUAAAAAUACAAAUUUAUCAAAAUUCAUAAAUAGGAAAGAAGUACAGAAGACAUAAUAUUAUCUUAUUGACUCUUCAACGUGAUAUUUUUCAAGAAAAAUCACAGUUUUCUUACUCAUCGGUCAUGUAUUUAUAGCUUAAAAAUUUCGCUUCCAAUUGUGAAAAAAUUCUUGAUCUUUAUUUAAAGUUAUGAAACAAAGAAAAUGAUCAUAAUUUUAAGCUAAUAAGCAUUUUUUUUUUCUUUCCCAAUAACUGAAUACAUAAACGAACGCCUCAUUUGGUGUCUUUCACAUCGUUUUUGAUUUAGAUUGUUCACAAAUGUGUCAUAGCGUUAAAAGUUUAAAUAAUUAAGUAAUUGAGAACGAGAAGUUAAAUAUAUGAAGUCUUAAAAGUGCAACGUUCAUUAA